AGCGUCCUGUGAGGUCUAAAUAGAGAACAACAAUUCACUUGGUGCACCAGGCAUCAUUCAACUCCUAAUGAAGGCCAAGGUCAAUGGCCAUUAGGCGAUCUUUUAGUUGAAUCUGAUAAUUUUCGUGCUAAACGUAGGUCUUCACGUAGAAACUUUGCUCUCCUUCGUGAAGUAAUAUUUCAGGACGAACGAGUACCGAUUGAUUCCGUGUCAGCCGAUGAACACAGCGAUGAACACCAGGAGAAAAAAAAGCUUCCGAUGUUAGACGAUGAAUACCCGAACAUCCUUCUCGAGUGUUUAUCCACUUUCGGGACUGUGUGAAAGUUGCUUCAAUCGUCCUGGUUGUACCAGUGUACUAGCGGACUGUGGAUCGCAAGCACUGCACGAGCUAGCCUUGGCUUGAUGGUGUCGCUAUGAUGUUUUCUGUUGCGUUUGCAAACCGAUAGAUUGUGAAUUAUUCCGCGCGUGUGACCCCCCGGUGGGGGCGCUCGAAUUGUUUGAGUCGUCUUCAGCUCAGAUGUCAACUCGACGGACCCGCGACUUCACUGUCGGAAACUUCACCGCAGUUUUGUGACUUUGAUUCGUCUAUCAACCUCAAUCAAUCGAACGACACUCAAAUCUAAACCGGAACUGUGCUCGUUCAUGUGCAGGUGUACGGCCGGUGCAUCGAAUGCACCCGCGUAGUAGGUGCAUAAGGGUCGCGUAAGAUAAGUGAGUGCAGUUUUGCCUUAGUUUCACGUCGUUUCAGUUGAGCUGGAAUACGUUUACUUUAAGCUCACGAUUUUAUGUGUAUCUUAUUUAGGUUUUUUUGUUGUGUUGUUUGUUGCAAAAUCCAAAAUGUAAACAGUGGUACAGCGUAAGAAAUUGAAAUUGCAAAAGUUAAGUGUGUAUGUGUAUCGGUUAGUGUGUUUGAGAGAAGAAAAAAAAAACAUGAUGUACUACAAGGUGUUUGCUUAAACGAUUAUACGAGUCGGUAUUAAAAUACCGUUGUUGUUGCAAAUCAUGCUCGUUUACUUAUGCUUGAGCUGAGAAUGCAAAACAACAAUGCUCCAUGUAAUCUUUUACCCAACUUUGGUUUGGUUUUCUUCUUUCGUUUAUUCACAUCCUUUUUCCCAUCCAUUAUUUUACACAACAUCACUGUACCAACCACCAAUGGGUUGGUAGUACCAUAAUAACAACAACAGCAAAAAAAAAUCACAUUAAAAAAACGUGAAAGUGUGCAGCAACCAAGUGAAAGAGUGCAAAUACCGCAUAGACCAAACCACGUGGCGCAAUGGUCUUUUCAAUUUAAAUAGUUCUGGUGAAAAUUCCAAAUUCAAUCAGAAUCGAAAUUAUUUGACCCGUUCGGGGAUUCGAGUGGUUGUUUCACAUGCCGGUGCAAAAGGUUGAAUCAAGUGCUAAUCGUAAACUGCAAGCGCAUGAACGCAUCCAGUUGCUAAAACGAUCUCUGCCCCGGGGGCGGGUGUAGUUUAGUGGGUGUAAUAAUUUGUUUACCAGGUGAUACCGUAAUGUUUGAACAAACAGUGAAGGCAAAUACUUCAUCCGGUUAAUUAACUACCGAUCCUUGGUGUACCGUACCGGAGGUCAUCAAUCAUCAAUCUCAUUAUGAAUGUUUAGCAUUUUCAUUGUUCAACAGCAACACCACAAUGUACCGCAACGGUUCAGGGCGAUCGGGCGCUUACGAAACAUCCACGGAAUGGUGUACAAUGCACCGUGAGUUAACCACUGUUAAGACAAUGCAGUUAUUACAACGUGAUUGUUAAAGAUGAGUAAGAAACACACCCAUCGAAUGGAAACAAUGUGGGCAUUUUGCCGAAAGCGAAACAGUGUAUCUGUUUAUCAGUUUUUCGUUCCCAAAUGCUACUUUUAUUCGUAUCGCAAUGCUAGUGACAACAUGUAAAAAGAUUGGGUAGCUUUGCCUAAAGUAAUCUCCGACUGCGUGUAUGCAAGUAAGCAUAAAUGAAAAAUUCUAAAAUGAAAAAUGAUGAUUGACACUGGUUUUGGUCUGGGGUUUUUUUUUGUUAUCAGGCAUCUACGAAAAGCCGAAUCAAACAAUGGAUUCAACUAUUGGCAGUAAAGUUGCGUGAAACUGCCCUUAAUGAGUGUAGUGUCGUCAUACCAAAUAAAGGGAAAGCAACUGAUUCUUUUGAUCACAAACAGCUCAGAGUCAAGCAACCAGACCUGAAUAGAGCAGCAUUGAAUAAUGAGUAAUGCAAGCGAGGUGUUCUGGGAGUUUUCGCAAUUGAUAGCACUAACGAAUCAAACCUACAAUGAAUCGGAUGGUGCUGGUUCGGUGACGCUCGAUGUAAACUGUUGCACAAUUGUUCCAGAUUUCACCAACUACCUGGAGUCGUUGCCGAACGAUAAGGCGGGUCUGCUAGCAUUCCUGUUUCUGUUCUCGUUCGCUACCGUGUUUGGUAACUCGCUUGUGAUACUGGCCGUCAUUCGGGAACGGUAUCUCCAUACAGCAACCAACUACUUUGUGACGAGUCUGGCCGUUGCCGACUGUUUGGUGGGGCUGGUAGUGAUGCCUUUUUCCGCACUGUAUGAGGUGCUGGAAAACACCUGGUUUUUCGGUACGGACUGGUGUGACAUUUGGCGAUCGCUGGAUGUGUUGUUCAGCACUGCCUCGAUACUAAACUUGUGUGUCAUUUCGCUCGAUCGUUAUUGGGCCAUAACGGAUCCAUUUUCCUACCCGAUGAAAAUGACACGUCGCAAAGCGGUUGCGCUGAUAGCGGCAGUUUGGAUUUGCUCAAGUGCGAUCAGCUUCCCAGCAAUACUGUGGUGGAGGGCCGUCCGUGAAGCGGAUAUGCCACCGUACAAGUGUACGUUUACGGAACACCUCGGUUACCUGGUAUUUUCCUCCACCAUCUCAUUCUACCUACCAUUGCUGGUGAUGGUAUUUACGUACUGUCGCAUAUAUCGUGCAGCUGCCAUACAAACGCGCUCGCUCAAGCUCGGCACCAAACAAGUGCUGAUGGCAUCCGGGGAGUUGCAGCUUACCCUACGAAUACAUCGUGGCGGCACCACGCGUGAACGCCUUAAUCAUCCACGACUUGCUGCUUCCGAUCAACUACAACAACAACAGCAACAACAACAGCAACAACAACAACAGCAGGAUCAUUUACAACCUCCCGCACAUCAACCCUUAUCCGCUCAGCAACAAUCACCCCUAAGCGGCCAACAUCAGCAGCAACAUACCGCUAACUCCACACCCGAAGAUCCGGACGACGAACCAUUAUCAGCGCUGCAGAACAACGGUUUGGGUGGACGGCAUCGUACGCAUAUGGGGAAAAACUUCUCCCUGUCGCGCAAACUGGCAAAGUUCGCCAAAGAAAAGAAGGCAGCAAAAACGCUCGGCAUCGUUAUGGGGGUGUUUAUUGUCUGCUGGUUGCCAUUUUUCGUCGUCAAUUUGCUAUCCGGCUUCUGUAUGCAUUGUAUUGCGCACGAGGAAAUCGUCUCCGCAGUGGUGACCUGGUUGGGAUGGAUAAAUUCCAGUAUGAAUCCCGUCAUUUACGCUUGCUGGAGUCGGGAUUUUCGAAGAGCUUUCGUGCGGAUCCUGUGCGUGUGCUGCCCGCGGAAGAUAAGACGCAAGUACCAGCCUACGAUGCGCUCUAAAGCAUCACAGUGCCAAAAGGCUGCAAUCAUAGCCUCGUCGUCGUCUAACUGUAGUAUAUAUGAUAAUAGCUAUCAGCGUCGUAACAAUCGCCAGGUGCUUGGGCAGCAAAAUCGAUCCGGGCAUCACCAUCAUCACCACUGUCGUCAGCAUCGCCAUUACUGCAACAAUCACUACUACCGCCAUCGGUCGCGUCUGGUCGAUGUGUCGUGCGAUGGCAUACCGGAGGUUGGCGGUACUUUGCAACAGCGAACCAAUCAACAGUCUACACCCACCACUGUCGCAUCGCCUAUCGUUAGCAGCACGGGCAGUGCUCGGACGGGCAGUGGUAAUAUCAGUCUCGGCGUAAUGCCCAUGCCAAGACCGGUCCCGAUUAACUCGAUCGGACAACAGCUAGGAUCCGUUACCGUGCAGCCACGUUGCAGCUUCUCCUCCGCAACAGGGCUGCGAACCGCAAAUCGAAGAGUGCAGCGGCAGGCGUCGACCACUGAACGGGAACGGGGCCGAAUUUUCGAUGACCCAAGGCCUGAUAUAAACCGGGUGCCUCCUUAAACAUUAGACAAUGCAGCACAAAGUUCAAAGUUCAUUUAAUUCCUGAUAAUUAUUUAUUUUUACUAACUCGAAAAUGAUUGCCUAAUAUUUUUCUGUUAAUGAUUCGAAGUUAUAAAUUUAUUUUUGUAUAUUUUCUCAUAAUUUUAAAUUAAAAAAAAGGUUAAAACUAUUUAUUUUUUACUUUGUUUUACAUAAAAUACAGGCAAAUUAGUAUAAAUCUGCCUCUAAAUAAACUCAUAUGCGUGUAACGACCAACAAUGACCAUCCAAAGCUCUUAACAUUUGGUAUAAAUAGUAGCUGUGUCAGUUUUGUUAUUUUGUAAAUAUUAUUGCACAAAUGUACAAAACAAAAACUUCGGUGCCUAAGCACCAUAAAACAAAUGAUUACGCUAAAUUAUUAUGUUUUUAAUUUUAUGGACGAUAAAACUGAUAUACUGAUAACCGGUUGUCAGCAUGUCGAUCCAUUGCAAAGCAAAGUCUGAUCGCUCUAGAUUGAAGUCGAAUCGCAUUGCCCUAUUAAGUGUUAGAUCGAUUAGAUUAAGCUACGAUCAUGGAAAAUUUUGUAACCUAGAUGGCAUGUUUUGUCAUCAAUAUAUGAUUUAAAAAGUCUGCAACAAGCAAUAAAAAAAUAUGAAAAUUAACUAAUGGUCAAGAAGUAAAUAUAAUGCACGAUGGAAAAAGAUCAAGCUAUCUAUGCGGAUUACACCUUGGACAAUAUUCUUGGCAAAAAAAACCGAGAUUUAACAAAAAAAAAAACAAAAAUAAAUUGUAUGCCAUUCAAAAUACAACCAUAAUAGAUACCCGAGGAAGCAUUAUAUCCACGGCACAGGGAACAAUGUUCUUGAGUACUUCCAAACAGCACUUACAGCUAAGGUGCAGAAAAAUGUGAAGUACCUUUAUAUGGAAAUCCUUUUAUUCACGAUACAAGGCAUGCUCUUUUGUCUAUGAAACAACAUAUACAUGGGUGAGAAGCUAAUUGUACUCUACCACGAUUUUGAAUAUAAGAAAGCAACAAGAAUAACAAAAAAAACAAAACAAACAGAUCUUCUUCAUGGCUAAAACCUACGCUUUUGAUGUAUGAAGCAGGACGGUCUCACAGAAACAAACACGCGUCACGAUAAGACAGUCCACCUGCGUAAAUAUCCAGCUACGAGUAAAUCCUUACAUCUUCUCCCAAUAAAUGUCGGUUAGAAUUAAACUGCUGCACGCACACAGCUGUGGCAUAUUUACUGUAAAACAAAGCAGAUUGUAUUAAUAAUGCAGACAAGUAAGCUAAAGCAUUCCUAUCGCGAGCCGCGCAUUCUACAGUUUUUUUUUCACAGUUAACCGUAAAUAAAAACUGGAAGAUGAGUAGCUCUUUACUGAGCGAAUUGCGGUCUAAAGGAAGCGCCGAGUGUGGCACGUGCUGUUUAGAGCGCAAUUCGCUCCGCUCAUUCGAAAGAGCUGCUUGAAAAACCGAUUCCGAAGCAACAAUUCCAGAAUCGACUCAGGAACCGACUCUGAUAAUUUAAAUGUUUACGGAACCGGUUAGUUGAUUCGGGACUCGCUCUGGAGUUGAUCCGGGACCGUCUCUGGAGUUGAUUCGGAACCGGCUCCGGAGUUGAUUCGGAACCGGCUCCGAAGCCGUUGAUGCAGAAUGCCGUAGUUCCGGAGUCGUGGCUUCAGAAUCCCUGGAGUUGAUUCGGAACCGGCUUCGGAGCCAUUGAUGCAGAAUGACGUGGUUCCGGAGUCGUGGCUUAAGAAUUCCUGGAGUCGAUUCGGAACCGGUUCCGGAGCCGUUGAUGCAGAAUGCCGUGGUUCCGGAGUCGUGGCUUCAGAAUCCCUGGAGUUGAUUCGGUAACGGCUCUGGAGUUGAUUCGGGACCGGCUCUGGAGAUGAUUUGGGACCGGCUCUGGAGUCGAUUCGGAACCGGUUCCGGAGCCGUUGAUGCAGAAUGCCGUGGUUCCGGAGUCGUGGCUUCAGAAUCCCUGGAGUUGAUUCGGUAACGGCUCUGGAGUUGAUUCGGGAACGGCUCUGGAGUUGAUUCGGGACCGGCUCUGAAGAUGAUUCGGGACCGGCUCUGGAGUCGAUUCGUGACCGGCUCCGGAACCGUUGAUGCAGAAUACCGUGGUUCCGGAGUCAUGGCUUCAGAAUCCCUGGAGUUGAUUCGGGACCGGCUCUGGAGUUGAUUCGGGAUCGGCUCUGGAGAUGAUUCGGGACCGGCUCUGGAGUCGAUUCGGAACCGGCUCUGGAGCCGUUGAUGCAGAAUGCCGUGGUUCCAGAGUCAUGGCUUCAGAAUCGGCUGGGGAGCAGUGGGUAUAUUCCGGAGCGCCCAUCACUACUACUGACAACAGUACAACCUGACCAGAUAUCGUACACCGUGAAUCUAUCAACCAAACUUUUUUUUUAAUUACCUGUAUGAGUAUAGUACUUAAUAUCUGUUAAAAAUAUGCCUUAUGUCUUCCAUACCCUUAUUAGGAAAAGGAUCGUUAUGUGCGGGUUUGUGUGGAUUUUGUCGUUUGUCGACAAUCCCAUUCCGCGAUAAUCCCUUAUAUACUGUGUUAAACCCGUGCUAUGGCACAAACUGUAUGGGUAAAAAUUACACUUCACACAAAAACAAAACGCAUUAACAUAAAUUAUGUUUUGCUUUUUAUCCUUUUUAAAGGGAUAAGCACGGUGAUACCGUAAAAUGUGAAAAAAAAAUCAAACGUUGUACGAUAAUUCCUUCUUGGAAUGGUGGUAUAGGAUUUACUUUUUUUAUUUGUUAAUAAAUAAUAUAAAAAAGGUUAUAUACUAUGUUGUUUUGUAAUUUAAUGUUUUACAAUGAGUUCCAAAAUGUUUCCUACAAUGUUUUUUGUUAACAGCAAGCAUAUUCAGAUAUUUAAGAGACAUUUCCUAAAGUUAUGCUAUAAACGAUCAACUGGAUUUAUAUUACAAAAUCUAAAAAAAAUUGUAACAAAUCUGAUGUUCUAGUUUUUAAAAUCUUGUCUAGUGCGAGACGACGUCUUCCCUAUUAAAACAAAAUGACAGACAUCCCACCUGUUGGCUAGGGAGACCAAAAGCCAAAUAACAAGAGAAGGAAUUUACUGACCAGCACCAUUUGUACUAACCAUGAUCCACUGUAAAACGUGUACGUACGAAUACAGCCCGCCAUUAUCGGUGGACAACAGAUGAAUUGUUCGACAUAAAUGAAUGCAAAAGGGAGAAAUUAGAAUCAUUUUGCAAUUUGUUGCCAGCAUGUUAGAUAUUACACAUUGAUUGCAUUGUAUUUCACUGUGACACCUGUGUAAUUUAUAUGUUCUACUAAGUAUUUAGUAGCGGUCAAGCUAAUAGUCUACAGAAUGUACAUGGUUUUUAGCAUUAUUUACAACAAUAACAACAAACAGGUAAACGCAGGUCGUACAAUAAACGAAUGUAUAAUGACUUGAGCAAAGUAAAAUGGAGUGCUGAUCGUUCAAACAAUAACAAACAAUAAUAGACACAUCUUCAAGCGCUGUAGCUAAUAGCGAGGAUAAUCAAAUGAUUUGAUAAAAACAGCAACAAAAAAUACGCAAUUUACAUUAAUUGGCCGGAAACAGAAUCAAAAACAAAGCUGAGAAGCAAACUGCAUGCUCAAUUUGAUGCGCUGUAAAUAAAUCGUAAUCAUUUGCCAUUAGCAUCAACAAUGCGUGCAAUGGAAACAAAUUUCACAUUAAUUACAUUAUUCAAUAAGGAUGAAUGGAAAAGUUUAUUUUUUUCAAACAUCCACUUGUAUAACUGCGUAAAUCUGCUUCAACUAGAUUGCUAAUCGAAUGUUUACUAAGUUUAUACGCUAGAAAGCAUGUAUAGAUAACAUGUUUUAUAUACACAGAUAUAUAGAUAUAUAUAUAUAGAUUAUGUUUAUGUGAUAACCAGACAGGAAAGUUAUCGGUUCAAUCAUGAUGUGAACUAGAUGUAAGCAGUCUUGUACGAAUAAUAAACUAUUGAAACGAUGUA